CCGGGCGUUCGCGCGUCCUUCGGUAGGGGUUUGGCUCGCCAUGGCCGCCUGCGGAGCGCCGGCGUCCGCCCCCGAGCAACUUUGGCUUGAGUCCGCCCAGACCUUCAUCCAGGAGACCCUUUCUCUAGCUGGCAAGGAGCCGGAUAAACAGUUGACUCAGUCGGUAAUUGGCUGUGUGAAGGAUACCUGGCUGUCCCAGGCGGAGAACCAGGAUUUUACACUGCCCCUUAGCUACAGCUUUGUCUCAGUACAGAAUCUCAAGACCCAUCAGACUCUCCCAUGUUGCAGCCUCUUGUCCUGGAGCAGCGGUGCUUACCAGGCUUUGUCCCAAGGGGCUGGGCCAGGGGUCAGUGUCCUGCCCCGGAAGCAGCUGCUACUUUUAGGGACACUAACAGACCUGCCAGGGGAUUUGGAACAGGAGUGCAGGAAUGGAAGCCUGUACGUGAGAGAUAACACGGGAACCAUGGGCUGUGAGCUUAUCCAUCUAGAGCUCUCCUGGUUGGGCCAUCUCUUCCUGUUCCCCAGUUGGAGUUACCUCCCUCCUGACAGGAGGAAUGCCUUGGGGGAGGGGCACUUGGAGCUAUGGGAAAUGCCUGUGCCGGUGUUUCCUCUGACUGGCCCUCCUGGCCCCCCUGGGCCUAUCGCUGUCAUCUACCCAGAAAAGGCGUCCCAGCUGCUCAGAUACAGGAAGAGACGCAAAAUAAAGGAGCCAAAUCUGGCUGGAAAACUGGUCCGUCUGAGUGCACUGCUGAUAACUCAGAGCAAAAGGUACUUCGUCAUGACACUUGGGGAAUUAUCUCAAGAUAACAGCCAAGCUGGCAGCCAAGUGUCCAUCAUGGUACAGGUUCCUGCCCAGAUGGUGUGGUACCGAGCCCUCCAGCCUGACAGCGCCUAUGUGCUGACGAAGCUGCGUGUGACCAAGCUCCGGGGUUCCCGUUCCUGUGUUUGGACAACCAUCCCGUCUUCGGCCCUGAUGCCACUGAGACCAGAGUAUGUGCUGGAGCUGGGCAUGCCACCCUUGGAAGCUGACCUUACACCUCUCCCUGAGCCCACCACCUCCAAACAUGGCAGGGGCCAGGAAGGUCUUGUCCGGGAUUCCAGAGUCUUGCAUUAUUCGGGCACGGUCACGGCUGUGCUGAAUCAGUCCGCCAGCCUCUACAUCCUGGAUGAGCAGCUGACUCUCUGCCUCGCGUACCAGCAGAUCCAUGGCCUCAGGCGGGCGAUUCGACCAGGGGUCUGUGUUGAGCUCCGAGAUGUUCAUCUUCUCCAGUCCGUGGGUGGAGGAGCAACCAAACCUGUGCUAGCACUUUGUCUCCAUGGCACUGCUCUGCUCCGACGCUUCUCUCCUUUGAAGCCCAAGACUUUGCCAGUCUUCAAAGUUAAUGGUUCCUCAUUAUAUGAGCAACUCGUGUGGGAUUAUCAUUUAGGACUUCCCUUAUACUUAUGGGCUACCAAGGCCCUGGAGGAGCUGGCCUGCAAGCUGUGCCCCCACGUGCUGAGAUGCCACCAGCUCCUGAAGCAGCCCGCCCCUGGGAAGCCCAGCUUAGCACUGCAGCUCCUGGCGCCCUCCUGGGAUGCUCUGGUUCCGCCUGGCAGUCCCGCUCGGCAUGCCUAUGGUGAAAUCCUGGAAGAGCCCCACAGCUGCCCCCACCACAAAUACACUCCGCUGCAGACCCCCUACUCCUUUCCUACCCUGCUUGCCCUGGCAGAGGAAGGGCAGCGCAGGGCUUGGGCUGCCUUUGACCCGAAGGCCCUUGUGCCUCUCCCGGAAGCUGCUCACCUGACCAGCUGCCAGCUGAAUCGCCACCUAGCCUGGUCCUGGCUCUGUCUGCCCUCCCAUGUUUUCCAGCCAGCACAGGUUUUACUUGGGGUGCUGGUGGCUUCAUCUCGUAAAGGUUGCCUGCAGUUUCGGGAUCUCCGAGCUUCCUUGCCCUGUAUGCCCUUGACCGAGAACUCGCAGCCCCUCACUGACCCGAAGCUCAUAGGCUGCCUGGUACGGGUGGAGAAAUUCCAGCUGGUCAUAGAGAGAGAAGUCAGGAGCAGCUUCCCUUCCUGGGAGGAGCUGGGCCUGGCGAGCUUCAUCCAGAAGAAGCAGGCCAGAGUCUACGCCCAGUUCUUCCUGGCUGACGCCCUCAUCCUGCCUGUGCCCAGACUCACCUUUGACUCAGAGCCACCCCAGACAGACGACUCCUGCCCAGAGGGACCGCACAUGGCGCAGAGCCGGCUGUUCUUACUGUCACACAAGGAGGCCCUCAUGAAACGCAAUGUUUGUGUCCUUCCGGGAGGCAGUCUGCGGCCUCCAAAGCCCAGCCUGAGUUUCCACGCAUCAGGCACUUGGCUUUGUGGUACCCAGAAGAAGGAGGGCUCCGGGUGGGGUCCACCUGAGACUCUGGGAGCGGAGAACAAGGAUCGGAAGGUCUUCCUUGUCUUCUGUGGCUCUUCGGUUCGAUGGUUUCCAUUCUUGUACCCAAAUCAGGUCUACCGACUCGUGGCUCCUGGCCCGUCGCAGACAUCACCAUUCGAGGCAGAGCGUUCAUCCGCAUGGCACCGCCCUCUGGAACUGGCCGACUGUGCGUCUUGCCUCACUGUUCAGGAGGCCUGGACCCUGGAACUUGGGAGCUCUCAGGACUUACCUAGUGUGCUAGAGAUCUCCAAAGCCCUGCCUGAGUCCCCACUGGCCCACCUGCUCAGUGACAACUUCCCCAGUUCCUUGGUGUCUUUUUCUGCUGAGAUUUUGUCACGGAUGCUGUGUGAACCGCCUCUGGCCCUUCGCCGGAUAAAGCCUGGGAACACCAGGGCCAUUAAAUCUGGCGUGAAGCUGACAGUGGCUCUAGAGACGGGUGGCCAAGAAUAUCCCCCACACCUGGACGUGUAUAUCGAAGACCCACACCUGCCGCCCCCGAUGGGCCUCCUUCCCGGGGCCCGGGUCCACUUUAGCCAGCUGGAGAAAAAGAUUUCCAGAUCCCACGUUGUUUACUGCUGUUUCCGGCCAUCCACUUCUGUGCAGGUCCUCAGCUUUCCCCCAGAGACCAGAGCCAGAGCUCCCCUGCCCCACAUCCACCUGGCUGAGCUUCUUCAAGGCGGCCCGGCUCCGUUCCAGGCCACUGCUUCUUGCCAUAUUGUUUUCGUCUUGAGCCUUCAGAUCCUGUGGGUGUGUGCGCACUGCGCCAGCAUCUGUCCCCAGGGGAAGUGUGGCCGUCAGGACCCCUGCUGUCCAGCGCAGAGGGCCAUAAGCCAGGCCAGCGUCAGGCUCCUGGUAGAAGAUGGCACUGCGGAAGCCACAGUGACCUGUAGGAAUCAUCACGUGGCAACAGCGCUAGGGCUGAGUCCUAGUGAGUGGACAUCAGUCCUAGAGUGUGCCCGGGGCCCAGGGAGAGUGGCCCUGCAGUUCAGAGGGCCAGGAUCCCAGACAGAGUGUCCAGGCAACCCCCAGGGACCCUUGGCCAUGCUCCUCUGGACGCUUUGUACCAGCCCUGUUGUCCUCCGGCCCAUUAAGCUUUCUUUCGCUCUUGAAAGGCGACCCUCUGACAUUACCCCACUAGAACCGCCCCGGCUGCAGCAGUUCCAGUGUGGAGAGCUCUCGCUGCUGACCAAAGUCAACGCCAGGCUCCGGCUGGUCUGCCUUUCUCUCCAGGAGCCCGAGCUCCCCAGCCCUGCACAAGCUGCUGCUGCUGCUGCUCCGUCUUGACCCUGACUGCCUAAGGUGGCCCUGAGGCCAGGACCCCAGACACUGGGCUCACCGACCACUGCUCUGCUGUGACUGCCAGCUACUGUAGUGCCAGCCUGCCCCAGGAACACAGGCAGUGUCGUGCGGUGCUGGCUUCCUCUAGUCUAGAACACUGACACUCAGGUGUGGCCCGGAGUGCUGGGCUCCGCCGUGCGGGGGGAAAGCAGAAGGAAAGCGAAAGCUGGACCCUUGUGACUGUGACCAUGCUGUGAUAGGCCCUUUGGUUUUCAAUAAACCUCUCUGAGGACUUUCUGACCUA